AUGAAAGCUGAUCCAAUCGAAGUCAAAAUUACACACUUCAAGCAGCAAUUACCUGUUGAAAUGGAUAGGUUUUGGUCAUCCUCAGAAAACAAAAUGGGUCUCCAGCAAAUGUUCAUCAGUUGGAUGAUUGAGUGUUGUCGAUCAGAAAUUCCUGUUUUCCUUGGUGGUGCAAACACCGAUGAUAUAACAUCUUGUUUGAAGCUUUGCAAUGGGGAGAGAUCUGUUGUUCCAUCACUCAGCAAUGAUCACGAAGAAGCUGAUGAUCGCAUCAUGUACCAUGUUAGCCAGUCAAUCUCAGAAGAAAGAUUUGAGAAAGUUAUAGUUGCUUCUCCAGAUACUGAUGUUUUUGUAUGUUCUGUUUACCAUUUCAAGCGUUGGAUUUUCAAUGGUUUGAAUGAGUUGUGGGUAGUCAGCGGUAGGAGCGGUACAACAGUUGCAUUUCCUGUUCAUGACCUGGCAGAGAGGAUUGCUCCUGAAGUUAUAGAUAUCUUACCAGCUGUGCAUGCAUUAACAGGAUGCGACACAACAAGCAAAAUUGGAACAAAAACAGCAGCAUUAAAAGUUGCGUCUGGAAGUUGUUUUGGUGAACUAUCUUUCUUUGGUGUAUCUACUUUGAAUGAAGAAUUAGUCGACUUAGCACAACAUUUUAUGGUACAUUGUAUUUCAAAAGAUAAGGACGUUACAACAUUUGAUCAGUUACGAAACAAGAUCUAUUAUAAAAAAUCGCAACUGUUAGAUUUAGAGAAGCUUCCUCCCACAUCAUCGAGUGCAAUAUUACAUAUUAAACGUGCCUAUCUUCAAAUGUAUGUAUGGUUACAUGCCCCAUUUGUGAGAAGUAUUGACAUAGAUCCAACACAUUACGGCUACGUAUUGGAUGAAGAAGGUGAUUGCCUGAAGCCAAAAAUAACUGAAGAUGACGUUUUGCCUGAUGAUUUACCACAGCCUUGCAACUGUCUGAAAUGUGCUCGAGCUAAUGUCUGUAUAUGUCGAAUAAAUAACAUUAACUGUUGUCAAUAUUGUAACUGCAAACGCGAAGAGUGUCAAAACCCAUUCGGAUGAAAUUAGUAAAUCUCUAUAUCAUCAACGAACAAAGGCGCAUGAUAUUUUUGUUAUAAUAGUUUUUUAUAUAUAUAGUGUCGUUUUACUCUUAUCGUUUGAUCAAGAUUUUUUAUCAAGAGCCUGAAUAAAAUAAUUUACAAUACUCCAAAUUAUGAUCAGUAUUGAAAUUUUUAGUUUAGUAUGCUUCACUUAAAUGCUUCUAACUUUUGAACGGUACAUUUUCAGACCCAAGUUCUAAUGUGAUUAUUGAUCAGUAUUAAAUUUGUGAUCGAUUGAUAUAUAACAUGACCAUAUUUGGGAAAUUACGCCCUUAUGCAUUUUUUGCACCCUUCCGCCAUCUUUCUCGCCAAACGACCAUGAACCAAAAUGGGAAAGUAAGUUUUUUCUGACCUUUCCAUCAUGUACUUUCAGGAUUUGAAGUCAGACCUAGUGUACAUUGAAGUGCAUACUCAACCCCCCCAGGCUCCUAGAGUAUUAUGUACUAUGUUGAUUUUUAUCUUAAAGGGAUAAAAAUAAUCUUCAAACACAAUAUCAAUGCAUCGUUUAUUACGUACAUUGCUUUAAAACCAUCAAUUUUUGUAUAACUGUAACUUACAUACCUAAUUAUCAUGAUGCCAGUCCAUAAAAACUCCUAUGAGAAAUUUUAAAAGUA